GUACCGUAUAUACACGCGCCCCCGUUGAAGUUCUGCCAAGUCAAGUGUUACUGCUCUCCCGGCUCAAAUGGCCACAAGAGUUGCCCCAUCGCCCUGGCUUGCCCUGCGCUGUUGGGGGAUUCUGACUGCAAACCUGGGACGAAUUGCAGGGUUUCUCCCGACGGCGAGUCCACCCAACAUCAAGUGGGCACGUCAUCAUGAGCACUUGCAGCACCUAAGUCAGAGGUUGAGUUCUCGGGGCUGGCAUGCCAGCAGCUCCUCUGCUAUGGCGAAGAUGGGGGGAGUUCCGCCGGACGACUUCAUAGACACAACGGCUGAAGAUGAACCUGGGUCCGAGUGUCUCGCGGUGGACUUUGAGCGACAGGAGCUCCGAGUAAUAUUCGAAACCAUGGAUAAAAACAACAUUUUCUACAAGAUGCUGGCAGAGGAGCAAAUUGUGGAGAUUCUGCAGUUGACACAAGCGCUUUUGUCCGUCAAGAAGAUGCCCCAAGACAUCUCGAAGCUGUGCCAAGGCGACAUGAUGAAAGGGAAAUGGAAGCUGGACUUCUCGACGGAGGAGCGCUAUAAGUUCCUGCCGCCCACAAGCGACGUCUACAACUACAUCUACGAUGGGGGCGGAGGGGGGCGGCUCGACAACGUCCUCCGCUUCUACAAGUCUUGGGCCGUGAAGAGCAUACGAGCGGUCACUACUUACAAGAUGGAUGAUCGAGGCAAGAUCUCGUUUGAGUUCGACAGGAUCGAGGCCGACCUGUUCGGGUUCAAAGUUCCGUUGCCAAAUUUCUACGCCGACUCCGGCUUCGUCGAAGUACAGUACUUUGACGGAGACUUGUGGAUCGAAGCGUUCGAGGCCGACACGACCAUGACCGAGAGCGGGAAGACAACCGUGGUCAACAUCUACAGACGAAUAGGCGACGCCACGGAGGAAGACAAGGUCCACGUGCCGGAAAGAACGGGGGAGCAGCGCCAGCCCCAACGGUAGCACGUGCGCCCUAUACGCCAAAACACAAGCCUUACGGGUCACGUCCUUGAGGUGAUGCUCGCUCGAGACAUCGCCCAAGCGGGCGGUGGUCGUGGAAGUCAAUCACUCACGUCCGUCGAGACCAAUGUCUCACGUCCUUCGAGACCAAUGUCUCACGUCCUUGCCUUCGUGAUGUGGCGAGGCCUACAAGGGGCAAGGGCAGACUAUAGAAGUAAUAAAAUAACAACGUAUCUACCCACCACGUACGUUAUAUUGCUGUUGAUCACAAUUAGUCUACCGCUUCCAUGUUUUUUGGGUGCGCAUUUGGAGGUCCGAGUGGUGUCGGCGGAUGUGAGAUAAACAGUCGGUGGUUUGAUGUCCGCCAAGGUUUUUUUUCAGAGAACACUGGCCAUGCCGUCAUCGUCCGUGUUGCGUCCGUCGCAUUUUAAGGUAUACGUCCGCAAGCGCGUGUUCGUGCGCCCUAAUGUGAUUUGUCGCAAUUUUGAUGCGGCCUGUUCCUCCUAAUAGGCGUGGGUCGCGUCGGAUUGUUGGCGGAGUGGUGAUCUUUCUCGUGAUGACCUAGUCUAAUCGCGUAGCUUCAUUGGAGUUGGGAAAAAGGGGCCCUCCGCAAUACUCCACGAGAUCUGUUGGCAUCGUCUUUCUUGAGGCGAUCGAGGUUAAUCAUCGCGCCGCCUCUUGUAGCGUAGGAAGAGCCAUCCUGGUCAACGCGUACGCCGGUUCUCCCUCUUAAGAAUUUGCUCUUGUGCCCCUCUCUAUCACGAUACGCUGCAAACUUUCGAGACGGUCGCGUCCACCUGCGAAAGCGGUGAGGGUUAAACGCAGACGGAUGGACACACGCGGUGCUCGUUGCUUGAAGCAGUCACGGCGGACGGAGGGUCGGUGUAAAUUACAUUCCCGGGACAACGGAAAGGUAAUGCAUGCCUUAACUCCGAUUCUGAGAUGCUUUCUCAGCCCUGAUUGAACGCCGGAAGCCGACCCCAAAAGUCCCAUGCUCCGGGUGAUUUUCUGUUGAGGAUUUGGUUUGGGCAGAUAUCCCGCUUCCUCACAGCGGAGCGCAGUGGUGUGGGUGACAGGAAAAUUCAUAUACGGACUAUGACGCUCAGUAGCAUUGCGAGGGGUAGCGUGAGCCCGUCCAUGUCUUUUUUUCGGCGGGUUACGAGUUACGAGAGCUCUUGUCACUGAUGCCUGACAAGGGAAAAUGCAGCACUUUCACUGCACCCGAUAGCCGAUGUCAUCAUGGAUCGGCCCUUUCGGGAAGUUUGGCCUGUAGGGGGUCGCUUUGAGCAUACCUUUCGUUUGGCUGCAAGGUACGCCCCUGGUCGUUCCUUCAGCAGCGCCCUUCGCUGCUCCUGCAGUAUUCGAAUCUCUUCCUACCGGCACAGCGGAGACAAGAAGGUCAGGCCAGAAGCUGGCCGAGAGACGGGUGUAUUGAGUGACCGCCUUUCGCAUCGUCUAGGUUGGCAUUUGACCGACGUAGUUGGUGUCUUGUCCAACGGGGUCGGGGGCAAGCAGGGAGGCCUCGCCU